GCAUGAAUUACAACUUACCGUAGACAACUAACUACAAUAAGAAACCUUUAUUGCUCCAUCUGAAAAUGGUUAUUUUUGUUUUUUCUAGACUGAGUUACCAUUGACGGUUGAUCCUUUGCUGGCUUCUGGAAAUCCAUCCAUUCCGGUGGCUCGUCGUCACCUCGGCGAUUCGUUAGAUCAUCGGUUAACGGUCAGCUGGAACAACUUCGUGUCCACAACGGAUAGCAAGUGUUUGAUUACUUGUGGGUAUCCGGACUACAGUUUCCGUGUAAUUGAUACAGAUUCAGAAGAAAACCGUAUUGAAAAAUCGAGGGCUUUUAAUCGUUUAGCACGGGUGCGGCAAGUAAUCUACGGUCAUGGUGAUGUCGUGACGUGUAUUGCCAGAUCAGAGACGAGUCUAUUUGCCGAUUGCUAUGUGGUGACCGGAAGCAGUGACUGUACCGUUGCUUUAUGGCAUUGGAAUGGAAUGCAAGGAUUCAUUGCUGGCGAAUACAACACGUUUGGAGAGACGGCGUCACCACGAGCGAUUCUAACUGGACACGAAGCAACGAUUUCUGCCCUGGCUGUUUCAGCUGAGCAUGGAAUCGUUCUGAGCGGGUCGGAAGCUGUAUACGACGAAAACAUUCUGAACGAAGUCCUUUCCAAACGUGACUGGCAGAAUGAAGAAGACCCGACUGAAGGCUACGAGCUGCUUGUCGAAGGACUGAAAAGUUGCGCCAAAUUCGCCUCAGUUCCUCAAGCAAGAAGAUCAGAUCGCAUCUUCAUCAUUACUAAGGAGUUGCUCGAAAAGAGAACGAAACUGAAACUUGGUCCUACUGGAACACGUUCAACAUAG